AUGACAAAGAGCAUUCGUCUGUAUCAACGUCUCACCGAAGUCCUCUCCAAACUCUCCGAGGGUGUUGAACAAGAGCUUGAAUCCCACCUACAUGCGAUCAACUUGAGAGCAGCCGAGACUACGGAGCAGCUCCGCCAAAUGAACCCAGACAUCGACCAGUUGCGAAACAGCUUACAAGACCUGGACAGAUUUGUUUCUCAAGACGUGAUGCAGAUGGCGCAGGCAUCAAAGUCUGCGAUGCGAGGCGGCCUCGAGGAUGCCCAGAACCUGCAACAGCUGCUGACUGUGCUGCUCAAAACGGUCCUUAGCAGCAACGCCGAGGUUGCAGCAUCACAUGAGCUGGCACUGACAAACUUCAAAGAACGAACUGGCAAUGAGGUCGCGGUUGUCAUGGCUGCGCUCGCAACAGCUGUAGCAUCGUCUACAUCCCUUCAUGGCCAGUUGGAACUUUCACAUAUUCGAGCGAUUGAACUAGCUGAUCGGCAAGACAGUCUUGAGAAGGUUAGUGAAGACGGUCUUCUGGAAGAACCCAACGUGCAGCUGACUAUCUUUAGGGAUUGGAGAAACUCCUAG